AUGGCCCCUGCUCUAACCGCCAGCCGACGGCGAUGGAUCUUCGUCCUCGCCGCCGCUGGGAUCUCCGGCUACGGUGCCUACAGAUUCUAUCACCUCCCUUCUGUCUCAGCAAAACGCCGGAAGCUCGUCAAGCUCUUCACGGCCCUCUUCUCCGUUGCGGAGGCUAUCUCCUCUUCAGCCGACGCCGUCAGUCUCCUAACUUCCGAUCUUAAACACUUCCUCCGGUCCGAUUCCGACGAGAUCCCCCUAAGCCUCAAGCAACUCGCUAAAGUCGCGCGAUCCGAUGAGUUUUCAACAUCAAUUUCUAGACUUUCCGAUGCCCUAGCAGUCGGAGUCAUUCGAGGGCUUCACACUGCAUCGGAUUCUCCUGUAACAGAAGCUCAGACCAGCUCAAGCUUCUCUGAUAGGCUUCUCGACAAGCUUUUCUCUGAUAAAGGAUCCGGUUUUGCCUCGGUGGUGGUCGGAAGUUUCGCAAGGAGCAUGGUGAUGGCCUUAUAUUGCAGAGGAGAUGCAAUUGAUUCUUGCGAUGUGCCAGCUUGGGUCAAUUUGAUGUGCACGGACAAGUGUAGGGAGCUGAUUGCCAGCAGCAUUCAGCUUUUUGUGAGAACUGCUGUGUCUGUUUACCUGGACAAGACUAUGGACGUCAACACUUAUGAAGUCUUGUUCUCCGGCCUCACAAACCCCAGACACGAGGCUAAGGUCAAGGACAUCUUGGUUUCUGUUUGCAAUGGUGCUGUGGAAACAGUUGUAAAGACUUCUCAUGGGGUGCUGAGCCGUUCAAAGUCAAGUUCAUCGAUGACUAGUAGGAACGAUCUCAACCAAUUUGGUUUGUUUCAAAGUUUGAAGAGUUCUGGUGAUAUCAAGAGCAAGUAUAGUAGUGGAUGGGUUGAGCAGGUUUCAUCAGUUUUAGCAGUUCCGAGCAAUAGACAGUUUGUUCUUGAUGUGACUGGUAGAGUGACAUUUGAGUCUGUGAGAUCUUUUGUUAAAUUUGUCAUGUGGAAUCUACAAGAUGGUAUGAAGAGGAGUAUGAAUGUUGUUAGUGAGAAAGUUGUCGAAAGGGGCAUGGAUGUGAUGAGGUACUUGUGCUCCAAGGCUAUGCUUGCUUUCAGUUUAUGUAUUGCACUCUGCCUGGACAUUGCAGGUGGAAAGAGAAUUUUGUUGGCUGCGUAA